ACCCCGGGCCCAGCCCCGCUCCGGAAGGACGAGUCGGCGCCGGGCCCGCCUGCCGCGCCGGUGACGGCGCCCGGAGAGGCCUCUGCUCUCCUCGCUCUGAUGAUUUCCGCUGAGAAUUCGGCUUCGGCUGGGUCGUUUGUGUUUAUUUUUGACACGUUAUCCUCGGGCAGGAAGACGGCCGCUCGCAGGUGUCCGGGGCGUGCGUGUUUGCGUGAGCGGACGUAAGCCUGUGUGGACACGAACCUUCCUGGUAACGGCGAAGAAAGCCGAGAAGGCCCGGCCGUCCUCCGCGGCGGGACCCGCCGGCCGCAGCCCCGCGCGGCCUCAGCUCGGCCCGGGGAAGCGCUGCUCGGCCUGCCCGGGCCCGGCGGGGUCGGACUGGGGACCGUUCCUCAUACUUUUCUUCAGAAAAAUCCGAGUCUGAUGAAAAUUUUACCAUACAGUGCAGUUGUAGUCGAUUUACUCAUUGUUAGCACGUGCGUGUUUCUGCCUCCCAGAUAAAUAAGUGCAUUUUAUGGUGAACUAUUGUGUGAGUGUAAGUAGGUUGAGGAUGGAUUGCACACGUGACUCCCAGCCCUUAAAUACUUAGUAAAGCAUCUUCCAAAGGUAGACACUGAACUACUGAAACGACAAUACUCGUAUUUCAGCGUUUCACCUAAGAAAAUGAAAAAUAAUGUCACCUAAUGUCCGCCGUGAUAACUAGAAUUCUCCGCAUUGUUCUAACACGGGCUCUUGGGUGAUUUGGGAUCUAAAACCCAUUCAAGAAACACAGCCACUGUGUGAUGUCUGAUGACUGAGGCGUGAUGCUCCUGCGUGUGGCUGACGGGCAGUAGGACUCCAGAGGUCCUUGCAUCGAGAGGGGUGGAGGCUGCACCAUCUAUCUACACUCGCUGCCUCCCUGAGCGGUCUUGGCGUCCAGAGAAGGAGCCUUCUGACGCGUGUCACCAUCAUCUUCACGGGAUGGCAGCCGUCGGCUUGUCCCAGGGAGGUCAUGUUUCCAGUGACCCGGUCUGCUUUCGUGAAGAAAAGACACAGUCAGCAAGGAUGACGGCCGACUGUCUGAUAAAUUAUCAGGACUCGGUAACCUUUGAUGACGUGGCUGUGGGCUUCACCCAGGAGGAAUGGGCUUUACUCGACUCAGCGCAGAGAGACCUGUACAGAGACGUGAUGCUGGAGAACUACAAGAACCUGGCCGCAGUAGGGAACUGCCUGUUCAAACCCAGCGUGAUCUGUUGGCUGGAGGAAGAAGAGUGGGUGACAGUGCAGAGGGGAGAGCCCCAUGAAUGGCAACUGGAAACCAGUGGGUCAGCACUUUGGCAGGAUAUUAUUUGUUUAAAAACAUCAAAUGGGAUUCAGAUGGCAGGCAGCCACAGUGGAAGGGAACCCUGUGACUGUGAGCAGUGUGGAGAAAUGUGUGGUGAGCGCUGGUGCCUUAACACGCACACGAGAAUUCAAGGUACAGGGAAUACUCACAUCUCUAAUCAGUGUGGGAAACUUUGUAUUUCCCGCAAGAAAACCUCUACUGGAGAGAAACUUCCUGUGUUUAAUCCAUGUGCAAAAGCCUUUAGCUUGACUCCAGAUGUUGUUUACCACAGAACGUGCAAGGGAGACAAAUCCUUGGACUGCAGUGACAGUGGGAAGGCUCUCCUUAAUCAGUCCUACCUUCAGGCACAUGUGAGAACUCACAUUGGAGAGCUCUGUGGAGGGAAGCAGUGCAGGAGAGCCCUCACUGGCCUCACGAGCCGUGCUAUGCCUGUUGAGCUGCAUACUGCAAAGGAUGUCCAUGUAUGUAAGGAAUGUGGAAAAUUGUGUAGCUCUCCUUCCGACCUUAAAAUUCACAGGCAAACCCACACUGGGGAGAAGCCCUGUGAACUUAUGGACUGUGGGAAGUCCUUCACUAUUUCCUCCAGCCUAACUGAACAUGUAAAAAUUCAUAGCAGAGAGAAACCUUAUCAACAUAAGGAAUGUGGAAACGCCUUCACUGGGCAUUCGGGCCUUUCUGAUCAAACACACACUGGAGAGAAAUCCUGUGAACAUAAGGAGUGUGGGAAAGUCCACAAUCGGUUUUAUUUACUAACUGAGUGUUUAAAAACGCACAGGAGGGAGAAGCCCUUUGAAUGUAAGGUAUGUGGAAAAUCUUUUAGAAAUUCCUCAUGCUUGAAUAACCAUGUUCGAACUCACACUGGGGUAAAACCCUAUAAGUGUGAGUAUUGUGGGAAGGCCUUCACUGUGCGCUGUGGCCUCACUAGACACGUACGGACUCACACUGGCGAGAAGCCCUACAAGUGUAAGGAAUGUGGAAAAGCCUUUUGUACGUCCUCAGGCCUUAUUGAACAUGUAAGAACUCACACUGGAGAGAAGCCCUAUCAGUGUAAGAAUUGUGGGAAAGCCUUCACUGUUUCUUCCAGCCUAACUGAACAUGUAAGAAUUCAUACUGGGGAGAAACCCUAUGAAUGUAAGCAGUGUGGAAAAGCCUUCACUGGGCGCUCAGGCCUUUCUAAACAUGAACGAACUCACACUGGAGAGAAGCCCUAUGAAUGUAAGGAAUGUGGAAAAGCCUACAGUAGGUUUUAUCUACUAAAUGAACAUUUAAAAACUCACACACAGGAGAAGCCCUUUGAAUGUAUGGUGUGCAGAAAAUCCUUUAGGAACUCUGCAUGCCUGAAUAAGCACAUUCAGAUUCACACUGGAAUAAAACCCUAUGAAUGUAAAGAAUGUGGAAAAGCCUUCACUGUUUCUUCCAGCCUAACUGAACACAUACGGACUCACACUGGAGAGAAGCCCUAUGAAUGCAAAGAGUGCGGGAAGGCCUUCACAGCUUCCUCACACCUGAUUGUGCACGUAAGAACUCACACUGGAGAGAAGCCCUACAUAUGUAAGGAGUGUGGGAAAGCCUUUGCUUCUUCCUCACACCUCGUUGAACAUACAAGAACUCACACUGGGGAGAAACCGUAUGUAUGUAAAGAAUGUGGGAAGGCCUUCCGUGCUUCCUCGCAUCUGCGUAAACAUACGAGAAUUCACACAGGGCAGAAAGCCUACAAGUGUGAGGAAUGUGGGAAAGCCUACAGUAGGUUUUAUCUAUUAAGUGAACAUUUAAUCAAUUACAGCAAAGAGAAGCUUUUUGAAUGUAAGGAAUGUGGAAAAUCCUUUAGGAAUUCUUCAUGCCUUAAUCAUCACUCUCAACUUCACACUGGUGAGAAACCUCAUUAAUGAGAAGAAUGUGGGAAGGCCCUCAGUUACGCUAGUUCACUUUGGAGACAUGGGCAUACACUGCGGAGACGCCUCCUCAGUUUCCGGAACACAGGAGAGCCAUUGGAAUCCUACCACAGUCCAGCAUGGAGGAGUUCACCAUGAACCCGUGCGAUGUAAGAAACGUGGAAAGCUUUCACCGUUCCCUUGGGUUUUCCUAAAUAUGUGAAUCCUGGAAUGCUGAGAUACCCUGUUGGUGUGUUAUAUGUGGAAAAGUUGUAGUUGUGCUAAACAACGUUCACUUGUGAUCUCACAGUGGAGAAAAACCUUACAACGGUAAGAAAUGUUGGAAAGUCAUUUUUUGCAUUACAUUGUUCCUCAAACUUUAACAAACAUGGUGCUUCACACUCACCAGAAACUGAAGGGACAGGAUAUGAGAAUUGCUCCCCGAGUCUUGAAAUCCUGUUUGCUGACAGACAUACUGCUUUCUGGGUGGUUCUAUAGAUAUAUUUUGAACAUUUAUGAUCAUUUUUGGAGUACGUCUUCCUUUCCCCUAUAGCAACACCAUUCCAGUCCAGUUGCUGCACCUUCUCAGUUGCAGCCCAUAUUAAGGCCUUCAGGAUUCAUACUUUUUUUUUUUUUUUUGAGACAGAUUCUCACUCUAUCGCCUUGUGUGGA